AUGGCUUGGCCAUUGCUUCUCCUCUUGUUUUCAUCUCUUGCUUUUUCUCAUGCACAACUCACAUUGGACUACUAUGCCAAAACAUGUCCACAAUUUGAUGCUAUAGUGAGGGACAUCACUCAACAAAAACAAAUGCAAUUCCCUGCCACCGCGGCCGCUACCCUUCGCGUGUUUUUCCAUGACUGCGCUGUGGAUGGAUGUGAUGCCUCCGUCCUUAUCAAGCCCACCGCUUUCAACAAAUCCGAGCUCGACUACGACAUCAACCAUUCCCUCGCAGGCGACGCGUUCGACUUGAUCACCCGCAUCAAGACCGCCCUUGAGCUCGCCUGCCCCGGCGUCGUGUCCUGCGCCGACAUCCUAGCAACCGCCACGAGGAACCUCAUCGUCAUGACCGGCGGGCCCCAUUACAAAAUCCAAUUGGGAAGAAAAGACAGUCUAGUUUCCAACGUUUCAAACGUGGAAGCGCACCUAACCCGGGAGAACGCGACAGUUGACCUAAUGAUCAAGAAAUUCCAAGAUAUGGGCUUUGAUGUCAAGGACAUGGUUGUGUUGAUUGGCGGUGGACACACAAUUGGAUUUGUUCAUUGUAAGGAGUUUGCUCACAGAAUUUUCCCCACUCCUGACCCUUCAAUGAACCCAAUAUUAGUUGAGAGAUUGAGAACAAUGUGUGCAAAUUAUACUAUUAACAAUGACAUGGCAGCCUUCUUAGAUGUCAUAAGUCCUGGUAAUUUUGACAAUGUGUUGUUCAAGAAUUUAAUGAAGGGCAUAGGUGUCCUAGGUUCAGACCAAUUAUUAUAUAGUGAUCCUAGGACAAGGCCAUUUGUUGAAUUAUAUGCCAAAGAUGCUUUUGCUUUUGCUAGUGAUUUUGGUCAUGCAAUGGAGAAAGUAAGUGUAUAUCAAGUCAAGAUUGGUGAACAAGGAGAGGUAAGGAAGAGAUGUGAUGCUAUCAACAAUGCUCACACUUGA